UCCAAAGCUUUAUCACGAACCGUCCACAACAGAGAUUUUUGGUCUUUCGGGCACCUGUUUCAGAGGUUUUGCAAAAUGCCACGAAUUAUAGAAUGCGUACCCAACUUCUCGGAAGGUCGGAGUAAAGAGGUUAUUGAGACAAUUGCAAAUGCAAUCGCAUCAGUAGAUGGCUGCACUGUGCUGGAUGUAGACCCCGGGAUAUCGACUAAUCGCACUGUUUACACGUUUGUUGGAACACCAGAAUGUGUGGUCGAAGGAGCCCUUAGUGCUGCAAGGGUGGCCUAUCAUUUGAUAGAUAUGAGAAAACACAAGGGUGAACAUCCUCGGAUGGGAGCUCUAGACGUUUGUCCCUUCAUCCCCGUGCAGGAAACCACAAUGGAAGACUGUGUACUCUGUGCCCGUGAAUUUGCCGAUAAACUUGCCAAUGAAAUUGGAAUUCCAGUGUAUCUGUAUGGUGAGGCUGCUAAUGAAGAGAAGAGAAAAAAACUCCCUGACUGUCGGUCAGGAGAAUACGAAGGUCUUGUUUCCAAGCUGCAAGACCCUGAAUGGAAGCCGGAUUAUGGUCCAGCUGAAUUUGUCCCUUCGUGGGGUGCCACCGCAGUGGGUGCCAGAAAAUUUCUCAUCGCCUACAACAUCAACUUGCUGGCAACGAAGGAACAGGCUCAUCGCAUUGCUCUGAAUAUCCGAGAGCAGGGCCGUAGCAAAGACGAGCCUGGCCGUCUGACAUCUGUGCAGGGAAUCGGCUGGUACAUGGAGGAAGCCAACAUGGCACAGGUGUCGACAAACAUCCUAGACUACGAAGUAACGCCUAUGCAUGUCGUAUAUGAAGAGUGUGUCAAGGACGCAGAUGAACUGAAUCUGGCUGUAGUGGGAUCUCAGAUAGUUGGGAUUGUCCCCCUUGAAUCAUUGUUACUGGCGGCCGAGUACUUCAUGAAGAAAGAAAACCUUUUUAUUUUAGAAGAAGAUCAGAAACUGCGACUGGUGAUAAACAGACUCGGUCUGAACUCAUUGGGACCUUUCAGUCCGAAGGAACGGAUCAUAGAAUACAUGGUUCAGUCAGACAUGGAUGGACCGCUUGUCAGUAUGGACGUGAAGGAUUUCAUUAUGACAGUGGGGUCACGGUCACCCUCACCCGGAGGUGGCUCCGUCGCAGCAUUAUGUGCUUCUGUGGGGGCAGCUCUAAGUGCGAUGGUUGGUUUCCUCACCUACGGCAACAAGAAGUUUGCCCACCUGGAUGACAAGAUGCGGGUGUUAAUUCCGCCUGUGUACAAGGCGAUGAAAGAUUUGAUUCCAUUCAUUGAUGCAGAUGCUGGUGCCUUCAGUGAAUACAUGCUUGCUAUGAAACUGCCACACAAAACAGAAGAAGAAGCAUCAAUCCGCGAGCUGGCGAUGCAGCGAGGUUUGUUGACUGCGAUUCAGGUCCCUGUGUGUGUGGCUAAGAUCGUCAACUCACUGUGGCCGUCACUGUCCGAGCUGGCACAGCUGGGUAACAUCAACUGCAAGUCUGACCUGCAGAUGGGAGUUCGAACCCUUGAGACGGGAGUGUGGGGAGCCUACUACAAUGUCGAGAUUAACUUGCCUAAUCUCAAAGAUGAAGAGUUCAAGCAAACGAUCAAGGAUGACAUUGAGAUAGCCCUGAAGACGGCGCAGGAAGGUUGUGCCAGUGUUUUACAGAUUCUCGACAACAGGAAAGAAUAAGUUGUGAAAAUAACCUUGGCAUUCUGUGAUUAGACGUACAUGUUUCUGUAUGUCAUGCUGCAUUUCAACUACUACAAUCCAUGUUGAAACGUUGCCACUUGUGAAAUGGUAAAACAGGGAUCGAAAUGUUUCUUUGUUUGUCUGUCGUGGACAGGUUUAGUAGACAAUUGACGACUGCCAAAAAUAAUGAAUGCAAUCACUGGGGACCAAUUAAGAAAGUACCUUUGUUGUUGUUGGUAUUACAUUAUGUCAUGUGAAGUUUACUUAACUGUUUCAUAAUCAACUUUAAUUUUAAAUUUUUCACCAGCAUUAUAGUUUAUGUCAUAUCAAAAGGUGUGAAUGACAUGUUGUAUGUUAUGUGAUAUAGCAUUUACGAAAGUGAAUUCUGGUGUAAAAGGUGGUUUUUGUUUUGGUUCAUUUGCAUAUUAAAGUAACAGGUACAUAUUAUAUACAUCAUAAUUAUAUUCACAUAUUUAUCUUCAACUGUGUUAAAAAUAUCCUGGUAUGCUUUAAUCAAAAUAUUUAAAAAGCAAAAUCAACAUGGAGUUUUGCUAUAAAUUAUAUAAUAUAUUAACUUAUAAUCCCUAGUAAAUAUCAUUUAGCGUGUAAACAAAAUAAAUAAUCUAUUGCUAAAAUUGAGUGGUUUGAAGAUCCUGUAUCUUUUGAGAUUUCAGAUGUGACAUUUAAACACGCCAGAAGUACAGAGAGACACAAUCAGCUCUGUGGGGAAAAAAACAUAUUAUUGAUCUGUUUAGAUAGCAUAUUUUUGUAAAUGAAUGAUUGAAACUAUGUAAGAGAAUUCUGAGUAAAUGUAUUUCAUGUUAGAAGUCGGUAAGCAGAAAAAUGCAUUUAUUAUUUGCUGGACACUGAUUUUAAAAUAUCCUUUAAUUUCAAUUUAUUUAUAUCUGUCAUCAUUUUUCAUUUAUAUUUUUCUGAAGGUUAAUAAGUGCAUUUAAUAUUGUACCCUACAAAAGUACUUAAAGAUAACUGGCUUUGACAAGAAGAGAACCAGUUCCACUUUGUACUUUAAAUAUCAUAGUUACAACAAAUCCACAAACAUUUAAUGUAUUUUUGAUUGAGAUAAGAUGCAAUUUUAUGUAAUUUAAAGCAACCUGUUAUAUAUAUAUUAUUAAUGUAUAAAGGUGACAAAAACAAAUUCAGUUACGAUUUAUAAACUAUUAUAUUUUUACCAGUAAUGGUGUUUAUAUUUGAUCAUCAAAACAAUUUAUUUUAGUAAAGAUUUUAAGGUGCUUUGAUAUGUUCAACAUGUAGCAUUUUUAGUUAUGUAUUAAUAUUAUAUGAUGUAGGAUUCUUUCACUUGUCUUAUUGUAAUAAGAUAGUCAAGCAUCUGUUGUUGGCUUCAGGUGACAGUAUGGCAACAUUCAGCAUCAAUUUGUAGCUUUUUCUAAAAAAAAUAUACUCCCAUCGUUACUAGUUACUCAUAAGGACAUUUACACCAAGAGCGAAUUCAGCCUUUGGAAAUCCAAGAGUAUUAAUUUCCACUAAACCACAGAAUGAAAGGUGACAAUAUUUAAUUAGGUACAAUUAAUUUUAAUACUACUUAUUUUUAGUCAGUCCUAAAUACCAGAUCAACUCCCUUUGCUGUCACAAGAAUGGCAGAAAUAGGAGACAUGAAGUCCAUUUCAGUAACAGAACAUGUAGGUUAUUUGGGAUCAAUUUUAAAUCUUAACAUGAUAACUUUUUUUGUAUUUGGAGAAGUCAUUUUCAACUUCUCGAGAAUGAAUGAACUGAAAUUCAAAACAUGAUACAAUGUUCUUUGCAAGCACUCAACCAAGUUUUAUUACGUAUAUAGGCUGAUUUAAAAUCCAAAGAGACCUUGACAACUUCCUAUUGUUUAAGACUAGGAAUUUUUUUUUUUUUUUUUUUUUUUUUUUUAGUGUGUGUGGACCAAAGAACUUCACGUUUAUUGUUGUAUUUGACAUUUGUUUUUGGUAUUUUGCCUGCAAUCAAAGGCCAUUGUUUUUUAUUAAUUAAAAAAAUCAUAUUAUAUGCUUGCUUAUUAGCAUUAUAUGUUGUUGUAUAUUUUAUGAUUUUAAUUUAUAUAAAAUACUGUUUGUUCCUUACAUUUAGCAUAUUUGUUGUUAAACCGUUUUCACCAUAUCAGACCUGUACUGUUGAUUUACUAGGAGAAACGUGAAUAUUAAAUGCAAUUUAGUUUCAUUAGGAAGUUGUAUUUAUAUUUGUUAACUGCAAUGUUUGUGACAGACAAUGAUAAUGCUGUAAUCUGUUACAUGUAAUGCAAUAAAAUUAUUUUAUGAGAAAUAAUAAGGGUAUGUCACUGCCAUGGAUUUCAGGCCUCCUGCUUAUAAAACUUUUUUUUAAGUCUAGAGUCAAGUCUGUAAUAACAUUUUAAGACUUUUUAACGUCAUGACAAGGUAUACGAAUUGUAUGUAUGUCAUUACAGAUUUGAGUCUAGACUCGAAAGUUUUAGAAACACUGGCUCUGGUGUGAGUUUUGUAACAAUAUAGCUAAUAGUAACAUAUCCAAGGACUACGGUUUCUUAAUGGCAUAGGUUUCAAGCAUAACCAGUCUCUUGUUUUUCUUUCCUCUUUUUUUCAUACUUUAAUAUUCAUCUUAUUUGAGAUUUUAAUUCCUAAAUAACUAAAAUAAUCUUUUCUUUGUAACGAAGCCUCUAAUUGGAGGAAAUUUCAAAGAAAAAGGUUGCUUUUACAGGCCUGCGCAAAAUUGAAAAUUUGCAUAACCUGAAAAAGGGUUAUGCCAAAAGAUUUUGCAUAACCUAUUUUGGUUUGCAUAACUUGGUUUUUUUCUUUAUAAUUUAAAAAAACAACAACUAAAUUUUGAGAAACAAGAGAGUGGCAAUGGUAAGUAAAAAGUAUAUGUAUACAAAUGUUUAAGAGAUUUAAAAAUAAUAAUAAUGAUUAGAAGUACCAAAACAGUGAAUGUCAGGCUUGACCAAUUAUAUAAAACACAUCAACAUGUGUGCAUAACUACAUGUGAAUAAAUAGGAAUUCACUACACCGUACACGGCAAUCUCUUACCAUUAAUUUUAUAAUAUUAGUCUUUUAUGUGUAUAUAAUGUCAUGCCAUUCAGUCGUGAGUGGGAGACUCGGUGCCAUCUUCCUCAUCGGAGGAACAGUGAAUACUGAUACUGUCACUGUCAUUAUCACUGACACUGUCGUCAUCAUAACUGUCGCUAUUCGAUUCGGAAUUACAGUUAAUAAUAGGGUCACUGUGACUCUGGUUCGAGAUUGUAAUGACCAUCACAAUAUCACCAUUUUUGAUUGGUUAAAUGUGGCUAUAACACCUAACAACCAAUGGGAAUGCACCUACUUCACAAGAUAUUUAUACAAACUUGACUGGUUACAUUACACGCAACGAAAAAGCACUGUAUCGGGACAAGUCUAAUGUUCAUACUCACGAUAACAUUUUUAUUUAAAAUAUGUUGGUACGUUGCCGGGAUUAAUCAUCCAGUAAAUUUUACAAGCACUGUAAAUCGGUUAUGCCAAAUAAAAUGGCAUAACCGAUGCACGAACGAAACGGUCAUUCGUGCAAUUUGUGCAGGCCUGCUUUUAACGAUCUCUCUAUAUAGUGUAUUUCGGAUAUUAAUAAGAUGAAAUUAAUGUGUUUGAAAACCAAUACCUGGAUAUAUAUAUAUAUAUACAUGUAUAUAUAUAUAUAUAUAUAUAUAUAUAUAUAUAUAUAUAUAUAUAUAUAUAUGAUGCACUGUAGAUAUGUUCUAAAACAAUAUCAGUCAUUAAGAUGGUCUUACUUGACAGGUGGUGUCUUGGUAGGUUUUUAAGCACUAGGAGAAUGUCUGUAUGUUGAAGUAGGUACAUUAAGUCAAGUUAAGCAUAAACGUUGUGAUGUAUAGAUAUAUAUAUUGGUGAAACCAGCAAUUUGUUCACGAGUACACCUAUAUGCUCAAAAGAAAUGUGAUUACAUUAUUUUUUAAUAUAUUUGUGUAAAAUUAUGUUAGAUUUGAUUUUUAAUGAUUUUACACUGCUUUAUAUUACUUUAAAUAAAUUAUAAGCACUUGCUUAACACUU